AUGGAUGAUCGUCUGGAAGACAUGAUGCGUGAUAUUGGACAAGAUUCGUUUAAGAGGGCACAUGUGUAUGAUAGUUUAUAUAAUGACAAGGAUACACCUUUGUACCCGGGAUGCACAAAUUUUACACGUUUAUCAGCCGUAUUAAAAUUGUUUUAUCUGAAGGCAAUUAACGGGGGGACUGACAAAAGUUUUACCGAAUUGCUUGAAUUGUUGACUAAAAUGCUUCCAGAAGGUAACGUAUUUCCAAGUCGUUAUUACGAGGUUAAGAAAAUAUUUUGUCCGAUGGGUUUGGAGUAUGAAAAGAUACAUGCAUGCCCUAAUGGUUGCAUAUUAUACAGAAAAGAGAAUGUAAACUAUAACCAUUGUCCGAAGUGCAAGGCUUCACGCUACAAAAAGAUACAUGGUGAAUCUAGUGAUGAUGAGGAGGUCAAAAAAGGUCCUCCCGUGAAAGUGCAUGCAAAAGAAAGAAAAUGUGAUGGACAAAUUCGCCAUGUAGCAGAUUCUCUGCAAUGGAAGAAAAUAGAUUCUUUGUUUCCAAAUUUUGGCAAAGAGUCGAGAAACCUUAGACUUGGACUUUCUACUGAUGGAAUGAAUCUGUUUGGUUUGGUGGGAGGAAGGGUGGAUGUUUUUGAUGCGCAGUCUAGUGAACAAUUCAAUAUGCAUGCCAUGUUGUUUUGCACCAUCAACGAUUUUCCAGCAUAUGGCAAUUUGUUUGGGUAUAAAGUUAAAGGGCAUAAAGCGUGUCCUAUAUGUGAAAAAGACACGUGUUUCCAUCAGCAAGAAAACGGAAAUAAGAUUUUUUAUCUCGGGCAUCGUAAAUUUCUAAAUCGUUAUCAUCCAUAUCGUAGAUUACAGAAAGCUUUCAAUAGGGAACAAGAGCAUGAUGUUGCUUCAAAGACCUUAAUUGGAGAGGAAGUUUAUCAACGACAACAGGACAUUACUGCUAUCUUUGGAAAGUACCAAAAGCGACCUAUUGUAAAAAAUAUAUGGAAAAAGAGGUCGGUUUUCUUCGAUCUUCCAUAUUGGUCUAGUCUUGAGGUAACAAGACGUAUUUGCCUCCUGCCUGCUACACUUUGUCUAAAAAAAGAGAAAACAAGUUUUUGUGAGUGUUUAGAAAGUAUCAUAGUGCCGCAUGGUCACUCAUCAAAUGUCAAGAGGCUUGUUUCGGCUAUAGAUCUCAAAUUAGUUGGCUUAAAAUCUCAUGACUGUCAUGUCUUAAUGCAAAAAUUACUACAAGUGGCUAUUUGUGGGAUACUGCCUAACAAUGUUAGGAAGACUAUAACUAGGUUGUGCUUGUUUUUCAAUGCAAUUUGUUGCAAAGCCAUUGAUCCAUUAGAGUUAGACGAUUUGGAAAAUGAGGCUGCAGUUAUCUUAUGCCAAUUAGAGAUCUUUUUUCCUCCUUCAUUUUUUGACAUUAUGAUUCACUUGAUUGUUCAUCUAGUAAGGGAUAUUAGUUAUAUGGUCCAAUUUUUUUACGGUGGAUGUAUCAAAUAG